AUGGCUAAAAAUUACCAAGUGCGGAUCGGGAUUGAAAUUCACCUUGAACUGAACACGAAAACCAAGAUGUUUUCUGGUUCGCGGGUUGAUUUUGAGGCUGAGCCCAACACUUUAAUCAACGAAAUUGAUCUCGGUUACCCGGGAACUUUGCCGACCGUGAACCAGGCCGCGGUAGAAAAGGCGAUUCAAUUAGCUAAAGCGCUAGACAUGCGAAUUGCCGAGCAGUUAAAGUUUGAUCGGAAAAACUACUUUUACCCCGAUUUACCCAAGGGAUACCAAAUUACCCAGCAGUUUGAACCAAUUGCUAGCGCCGGCAUUUUACAUCUAAGGGACGGUAAAAAAGUUCGCAUCACUCGGAUUCACUUGGAGGAAGACACGGCUCGUUCGCACCACCGAGGCGAGUUCACUUUGCUCGACUACAACCGCGCGGGCGUGCCGUUAAUUGAAAUCGUCAGCGAACCAGAUUUAUCCAGUGCCCAGGAGGCGCACGAGUACGUUAACUUAAUUCGUCUAAUCGCGCAAACGCUCAACAUUUCUGACGCCAAAAUGGAACAAGGUUCGCUGAGAGCGGACGUGAACAUUUCGCUUAGCGAGCCAGGCUCAGAAAUUUAUGGCACCAAGGUGGAGAUUAAAAACCUUAACUCACUGCAAAACAUCCUUAAAGCGGUUGAGUUUGAAAAAGAAGUUCAAACCCAAACUUUGGCAAGCGGUCAAAAAGUCGUUCAAGCCACCAAGCGUUUUGAUGAAACUAAAGGUCAGACCGUGACGAUGCGCGAAAAAACUGCCGCGAUUGAUUACAAGUACUUUGCUGAGCCUAACAUCCCGCCGAUUAAACUUGACCGCGCUUGA